UUAUAAGUGAAUUGUGGAGCGCGCCGGUGUUAAUGUUGUGAUAAAGUUAUUAUCUAAAUAUAAUAUGAUAUGAAGAUGAGAAUUGUAAAGUGCAUAGCUUUUUAUAUUUUAUUUCAUAAUGGGUUCUACGUUUGAAGACACUGUGUUAGAUUUUGACUUAAAUUUUCUACAGCAAUCGCCAAAUAUAGUGAAUGAUUGCAGAAUAGAGAAGCAGAAAAAAGCAAUACUAAUAGCUAAAAAGAAAACAGUUGCUACAGAUUCUUUAAUUAAAAAGUAUUUUGCAAAAAAGGAACAAUUGGAACAGACAGAGUUAGUAUUGUUGACUGCAAAAGAAGAGUGUAAGCAAGUGUGCAUAGAUUAUAAAGGAAGCCUAGAAAAAUGUACACAAUUAGAGAAGGAAGUACAAUCACUUCAGAACCUGAAUAAGGAGUUGCAGUCAAAUUGUGAGUUGAUGCAAAACCAGGUUGAAGCAAUCAGAUCACACUCACACCAACUAGAGGAACUGGUUACAGAACAUGAAACAGUUAUUGAGGCCUUAAAAAAAGAGAAACAAAAAGAAAAGGAAAAUAAACCGAAUAAACCAGAAAGUGACAAAAACCUUUUGAACACCCAAAAAGAAAAUGCAACACUCCUCAAUGACAUAUGUGUAUUUCGGGAUAUAGUUUUGGGUAAAAAAAAAUUAAAUAAACGCCAUAAAUUAAUCUUAAAAAAGUAUGAUAAGAUUAAAAGUACAUAUGAUGUAAAUGAUUCUGCUUCAGAAAAUAGCAGUGAUGAAACAGAAUUUGAUGAUAGUUCACCAUCUUCUCCAUUUUUUAGUACAUUAGUUACCUCUGAAGAUAAAGAUAAAGAGAGUGACCUCAAGGCAAAGCAAAGUGUAGUUUGUAGUAAAAAAGGGUCAACAAGAAUAAAUAAAGAUUAUGACUCGGAUUGCAGUAAUGAGAGAGUCAGUGAAGACACAGGUCGAGGUUCCUCUUUGGCAUUUUCUGAUGGAGAGAAAUGCUUUAAUAGUCCUGACUAUUUCAACAAUGAUAGUCCAUUUGCUCCAGAAUGUAAUAAAAUUAAAGAAAGAAGAGUUUUCGUUGAUGCCUGUACCAGUCCAAUAGCUAUUCAUGAGGUAGUACAUAUUGCAACUAGUCCUCUACUGUUCGAUGAUGAAGCUCUACUUAGUGAUAACAAUAUGAUUACCUCUAUUGAAAAAGAUUCCAAUAAUACAGAAUACUUUAUCACUGAUAUUCCACUGAGCACAGAAAUUGUUACAAUUAAAGAAAAAAAAAGUUUAGUUGAUAUUGGAACAAGUACAGUGGAUAUUAAAAUGAUGAAUGUAUCAACAAGUCCUGUAGUAUUUGAAGAACUUGAUUUAGUAAAUAAGAAGUUAACACAUACAGCUACAUCACCAAUUCUAAAUAUUCAAAAUUGUACAAAUAACAUAAAUAUUACCCCAGAUAUGAGUGGACUUGUCUUGAGUAAUGAUGAGGCAAAUAAUGUAAUAAAUGUAGAAGAUGCAUUGUCAAGUGUUGAAAUAAGACAUAAGAAUAUUCAAAAACUGUCGAGUCAAUGUGAACUUGAAAUUAGUAACAAAUCACUUGAAGAAAAGAUGUGUUUGGAGAGGAAUAACAGCAGAAACUUAUGUAGUGAAAACAGUAAUGAUUUUGAAAUUGAAAUGAUUUUAAAUUCAAUGCGUUUAUCUGAAAGGUUAAUUACGCCUAUUCCAAAGACUCCUGCAAAAAUAAGCAAAAAAGAUGGCAAAAAGCAAAUAUCACAUGCAAAACAACAACUUAAUUCACCCAAGGAACACAUUGUUUGUACAGAAUCUGUAAAACUGAGAGAAGAAAACAGGGCUCUUCAAACAAGCAUAUCAGAUUUAUCAAAAGAGAUAAUGAAUAUAAAAAGUAUAUUAAAAAAACAGCAUUUGAUGCCUGAAACACCAAAAAAACAUGUUUCAGAAGUAAAUACGAGUCACAUAAACUCAGAGCUGUUUAAUGAUUCUAGUGAAAAAGUAAUAUUUGUUCACCUAGAUGGUGAAGAAAAUAGCGAUAAUAAUAAUAAAGAUAAAAUUCACUAUAAUGGUUUCUCAAAUAGUUCCAUGGAAUAUUCAAUAUCCCCUAUACCUACUGUAGAAAAAAGUGUUAUUCGAAGACCUGUAAUACAGAGUAUACAAGUUUUUCCUGCAGGGUCUCAAGUAAGGAGUAAUAAUUUAAUCUCAUCCAGUGCAUUAGAACUUCACAAAUCUUCAGAAACAUUACCAAGUGAAGAUAAUGCCAAAAGAAAGAAAGAAACAAAUUUUGAUAGGGUUUCUUUAGUAGAUAGUAGAACAAUUAUUGAAGAUAAUUUGAGAAUGGAAAGUGAAGGUGAGGAAACCUUAGUAUGUGACAAUAACAAAGAAAUAAUAUUAAACAAUAGUAAAUGUAAAAAUGUUAAACAUAAAAAAAUAAGUAGGCUUGAAAAGUUCAGAAAAAAACUUUUACCAAAAAGUAAAAUUAAAAGAAUAAAUGUUCCUAUAAGAAAGUUACACACUAAGUCUAAAGUAAUAUCUGUAACAAAAAGUAAAAAUUUGGACUCUGAAUUAUUAGAGAAUAACAAGUCAGCAUAUGAAAAGGCACUAAAAGUUAUGAAAGAUUUAAAGCUUAAAAAAGGUACUGAUGAAAAACAAGGUGCAAUACAUAUAUGCAAUACAAAAGCAAAAAACAUUGAAAAAGAUUCUGAAACUAAUAAUAAUAGGAAUGAUUCAAGGUGUGAUUUUAAUGAAAAAUAUUCACCAAAAAAUAAAAGUCCUAUUGAAAUCAAACAACCAAUUGUUUGUUUAUCCCCAUUACCAUUGGACAACUUAAUGGGCAAAGAUAAACAACCAAAAAUUAAUGCACCAAGUCCGAGAAAGUCACAGGAUAUUCUUUUAAGUAUGGAGUCAUCACCAACAACAAACAUUAUAAAUACUAGGAGUCGUACUAAGUCCCUGCAAGAAUCUUUGACAUCUAUACAAGUUAACAGUGAUAUUUAUAAAUAUAAUGAAUUUACCAAGGAAUGCACUAAACCAGCAGAAGGCAGGAAACGAUUGAAGCGUGCUGCAUCUGAUAAUCCUCCAGUAGAAUGUAAAAGGGUAUUACGUAGUCAAAAUGUGAGAGAGAUUUUCAUUGAUCAAGUGAAUGCAAAAGAAGAUUAUUUAGCCACUACUCAUAAUAUUUUAAAGUCAUCAAAUAGUUCACCUCGAAAGAAACAUUUUAGUCAAGAAGAAAAUGAAAGCCAGAACAUCCUUAUUAAAAAUAUAAGUAAAUCUGAUGAGCUUACAGGUAGCAGUAUUAAUACAAACACAAAACAAAAUAUUGAUGUAACCUGUCCAAUAAUUAACCCAAAAGAAAGUAUUCUCUGCAUUAUGUUAGAAAAAUUUGGUAAAACGAAAAUAAAAUAUUCUGCUAAAAAAAUUUCUGAUGAGAUUUCAAAUUUGAUAUGUAAAAAAUUAGAAGAGGAUAUAGCCAAAAUAAUUGCAUUACCAAUAGAUAAAACUAAAUCUGCUAUGAAUAAGCUAGUAGAAGAGAUAAAGCAUACUUGGAAGAUGAAAAAAUUUUUACUUGGCUUUAUGAAGUAUUUAAAAAACCCUGCACGAAAACAGGAGUUGUUUAACAAAGUUAGCUCUCCUCCUGCACCUCCUAUGACCAAAGCAGAACAAAUUCUUUUAUAUGUUAUAAGACAGUUACAAAUAUCUACACCUAAUACAGUCAGCAUAAUCCUCACUCACAUAGAAUUUUCACUUUUUCAAUUAAAUAAGACUCCACAUUUUGAUGUUAUUGAAAGUAUGUCGCAUUUCUAUGCCUUGUUAUGUCGAUACUUUGGUUUAAAAAAUCGUUUACGACAAUUUCUGUUGGAUGCUAUGUAUUGUCUCCAAUUUAAAGUUGUUCCACUUAUUAAGCAAUGCUUGGAUGUAUGGAUGCAUAUUUUACCUUUAGCACAUAUGGGAAUUGCAAAAAGUCCAUUAGUUACCUGCUUAGUCUAUCUUUUGCACUUUUAUAAAUGUGAAGAUAAAUUUAACAGAAUACAGGACAUACGAUUUAUAUUGAAUAAAAAAUAUUUUUACCAAAUAACAGAUUGGAAUGAAACAAAAAUUUUGGAAAUGUUUAGAAACUCUAUUAAGGAAUUAAGAGAUAUAAAAGUCGAGAAAAAAAUGUUACGAAUGGCUUUAAUAAUUCUCGCUAAACGUCAAGGACCAAAAUGGUGUCAGAAGAAUAUAGUUAAAAAUAUGCUAUUACCUAUGAUUGAAAAAGAAGAUGUACCAAUGAUGCAAAAACAGUUUUGUGUGGAGCUUCUGGGACCUCUACUCAAGCCAUAUCCCGGUGAUAUGAAAGUACAUUGUGAAAUUGUAGUUAACCAGUUACUUGAUAUGUUAGAACAGAAAAUUCCAGAUAGCAUGAAGGAAGCUAUUUUCACGAGUUUAAUUUAUAUGAAUAAACACAAUCAAAAUCGUGUCCCUCAGUCAUUACUUUCCUGGUCGCCGAAACGCGUGUCACCAGAAUUUGAAGGACUUAUGAAGGAUUUUAUUCGAGAGAAACCACUUAGAGUAUGGAAAGGUAUUCUAUCGCGAACGUGUUUGUAAAAUAAUGUAAAAAUAGCUAUUAAGUUUUAUGUUGGUGAUAAUUUUUUUAUUUUAAGGAAGCUCUAAGUUAUUGUUAAACAAUUUAACUUUAUUUUAAGGAUUUUAUUUUAUUGUCUUAAGAGUAUGACUGUAAUGGUAAGGUAUCUCAAUCUUUCCAUGUGUUCUGUGAUUUGUGUAAUAUUUACUUCAUUUUAGAAGUUUUGUAUUGAAAACAAAAAGUACCAUCUAUUCUGAAGUUUAAUUUUUCGAAAACCCCAUUU